CGGUUUUGAAGUUUUCAAAAAGACUUACUCUGCUGAUAAGGACUUGUGCUCAAAGCUGAGGACCUAAGCCACUUGCCAAAAUGUGCAAAGGACUUGCAGCCUUGCCCCACUCAUGCCUGGAAAGGGCCAAGGAGAUUAAGAUCAAGUUGGGAAUUCUCCUCCAGAAGCCGGAGUCUGCUGGUGACCUUGUCAUUCCAUACAAUGAGAAGGCGGAGAAACCAGCCAAGACCCAGAAACCCUCGUUGGACAAGGCCCUGCAGUGGCGUGAUUCCCUGGACAAGCUCUUGCAGAACAACUACGGACUUGCCAGUUUCAAAAGUUUCCUGAAGUCUGAAUUUAGUGAGGAAAACCUUGAGUUCUGGAUGGCCUGUGAGGAUUACAAGAAGAUCAAGUCCCCUGUCAAGAUGGCUGAGAAGGCAAAGAAAAUUUAUGAAGAAUUCAUCCAAGCGGAGGCUCCUAAAGAGGUGAAUAUUGAUCAUUUCACGAAGGACAUCACAGUGAAGAACCUGGAGGAACCUUCCCCAAGCAGCUUUGAUGUGGCCCAGAAGAGAAUCCAUGCCCUGAUGGAAAAGGAUUCACUGCCUCGCUUUGUGCGCUCUGGGUUUUAUCAGGAGUUCAUCAAGUAGCAAUGUAGUUGGUCUGUGAGAAUCAUCCUGAGAGUUAUUUCCUCCACAAUAACCCUGCACUUUCCAGCAACCCACAUAUUUUCCUAUAGCAGCUUGCUCAAAGACUCUCAAACAGAAAACCCCAGGGAGUGUUGCUUCCUCCUUUGCCCACAUUGUUUUGGAUGUUUAUCUAUUGCCCAAAUGCCUUCCUUUUCCAAUUUCCUCUUCCUGCCCCCAUUCUUAAUUAAGCUCUACUCUUGUAUGUUGUUGUGAAACUCAAUCAGAACGACAGAAAAAAAUCUAUCAAAGGAAAUAUAAGACAAGAAUAUGAUAUCAUUGAAUGUAGGUCCAUUUGGUUUAGGUAAUGGAUCUCCGCCUAAAUUGGUAUGAAAAAGAAUGUGGAUGUGGAAAGACCAGUUUCAACUGAGACUAAUUGAUCUCAUUUUUUAAAAAAUUCUGAUCCAUGAGGGGGUCACCCCUCUCAUUAUUUCUGAACUUGGUUAGUAAAAGUUGCUAAGAAUUUUAUGAGGCAGCCACUAUUGGAUUUUUUAAGCAAAUACAUUGUUAAAAAAUACUGAUCUUCUUCUGAGAGCAUCUUUGUGUUAGCUAGAGAUUAUAAACAAGAGAUAUAGAUACAUAAAUAUGCUGUGUUUAUAUAAAAUCGAUCUGAACACCACCCAUAUAGCUUCUUUCCCUAUACUUCCCUCAUCCCUUCCCAUGCAUAAAGUUAUCAAAUUCUGUAUUAAAUCAAUGACCUGAGAUUGACAAGGGACUACUUUAUAAAUGUAUCUAUGCCUCUAGUAUAUAGGCACAAAGUUUCAAUUUUCAAAUUAGUUAAAAUUCUUGUGAGUAUAAAAUUCCAAAAUUUCUGACUCCAAUCAUAUAAAACAGUUGCUACUCAUUGCAGUGGUCUCCCACCUCAAUAUCAAGAGGGCUGUACACUAAGAUGGAAAAACCUUGUCAAGCCUAAAAUGAUUAGUUGUCCUAUGAUGCCAUCAGUUUGUUUACUAAGUGACGAUUAUCUUUAAAACACCAAAUUAUCUUUGGAAAACUUAAUUUGACUAAAUGCAGAGACGUUCUAAGUGAGAUAGAAUUUUAAAGUACCCUGCAUUUUGCAAAAUAAUCUGAUCUUUUAGCAACCCCUCACUUCCCUCCCUAUUUUGCUCGCUGCAUUAAUGAAUUGUAUUUAUAGUCAAAAUGCACAUUUAUACCCCUAACAUGCCUUACACACAGCCAAUUGAUAAGCCAUGGUAUUUUUUUAGUAGGUUUAAACUUUUAAUUCUGUAUUUCAUUAUUAUAAGUCUCGCUAGAAUUUUUUUCUUAUCUUUAGUAGAUUUGAUUAAGCAAUGAUUUACUUAAUCUAGUAAUAAAGAGAGUCAAACUAUGUAUGAGUAUAACCAAGGUGAGGACACUGAGUUAACUAAACAAGUAAUUUUUAAAGGAUUAAUAAAAAUCUGAAAUGUUUAAGUAGAAGACUACAUUGUUUAGUCUUGUAUUUACUCCUUUUGUUUCUUUUUUUCUUUCACACACUCCUAGUUUCACAUGUUUGUAGCCCAUUUAUUCAGCUAAUUCCUAAGAAUAUUGAAAGUGAAGCAACUAUAUGACUGUAUUCUUUGAGUAAACACUGACUGUAUUUGUUGGGUUUUCCUUUUUUUUUUUUGGUAUUUCAAAGGCUAAUGUGCCCUUCCUGAAUACUUGCCAUUUCAAACUCUGAAAAUGGGUCGGAGUGACUGGGUCUCUACUGCCAACUCUUGCUAGUCUGGUAUGAGUUCAUUCAUAUUUGUCAGUAUUGCUCACUUCAAAGAAACUCCGUCAUCAAGCAGUCGGCAGCUAGGCCAGAUCAACAUUGUGAGCAUGAAAAAGAAGUUCUCACCAUGUCUAUUCGUGUAGGAGUGACAAGCAACUCACAACAAGAAUUCCCAGCACAACCAUCCUCAGCAUCUGUCUGUGCUGCCCCAAAUCAGUAUAAAAUCACCAAUGCUUUACUUGCUAAUGCAGCUAGAAAAUUUAAGACCUGAAGAAUCUAGGUGAGUUAUUUUUUUCUUGAAUGCCAAAACAUUUUUAAGAAAAAUUUUGAUGUCAUUAAUAUUUCAAAUAUUUUAUUCAUAUUAUUUGAAACAACAAAAUGUUUGAAAAUACCCAGAGAAUUAACUGGAGAUUACAGAGUUCACCAAGAUGGUUGAUGUGACAAAGACUCGGACUGACUGUAUUCACAAAUUGACUGCACAUCCUAUGUAAGUGGGUAGACUUGUCAGUGAAGGAUAAGAAGGACCUUCACCUUUUCAUAAGCUGAACCCAGGAGACAGAGGGCAGGAAAAGCACCAGGAGGGCAACGCUGUAAAGGCUAUAAGAAGCAUGAAUGCCUUGCAGUCAACCAGUGACAUGUAAUAUAUAUGUAAAUAUGAUUUUAAAUUUAAAGCAGUACACACACACACACACACACACACACACACACACACACACACACAUACUCUCUUCUAAAUAAUAAAAUUAAAAGGAAUACAAAUAUCACAGCCCCAAAUGAAAAAGCAAAUGUAUAAAAAUUGCCCUAGAAAAUUCUUUGAAAUCUUUGGUGUUUUUAAACUUAGGAAAAAAACUGAGCUACUAGAAGUUGCUAUAGUAGCACAAAAUAAACAUUCUUUUAAAUUUUGGGAAAUUAGGAAAACUGGGAUGAUCUUUCCAG